AUGGGAAAGAGAAUAGGAACUCGAUUCCUGAUGGCUAGGUUACAAAGGCUUUGGAAUCUGGUAUCGACUUAUAAACUGAUAGAUUUGGACAACGGAUAUCUUCUUCUGCGGUUCCAUGAUGAUGGGGAUUAUGUGCAUGUGCUGGAGGAUGGCCCCUGGAUAGUUAUUGAUCACUAUGUGGUGGUACAAAGGUGGCGUCCUUUCUUUGACCCGUAUUAUGAGGGCUUCAAGAAGAUGGUUGUGUGGAUUAGGGUCCCUGGGCUUUCGAUUGAGUUUUAUACUGCUCAUUAUUUGUGGAAGGUUGGAAACUUAUUUGGUCGAACUCUUAAAGUUGAUAGGAAUUCUCUAAGGAAAAAUGAGUUAGGGGAUGCAGUUAUCACUGAGAGAGCAAAGUUUGCCAGGAUUUGUGUUGAAGUGGACCUCGGGAAGAGUCUGCUAUCGAAGUUCAAAAUUGGGAAUAAGAUAUAUCAGGUGGGAUAUGAAGGCAUCCACUUAAUUUGCUUCAAGUGUGGUGUUUAUGGGCACAGGCAGGAUCAAUGUGGGGGAGAAUUGCUCCCAAAAAAGGGGAAUCAGAUGGAAGAAGAGCCUAAGGGGCAGACUAAUAUGGAGGAGAAAUCUGGUGGAACUACUAAGGAGAACUGUAAAGAAGAGGAAGCUUUUGGGAGUUGGAUGGUGGUUUAA